GCUGAAUUCUCACCAAUCCCUGCGAGCGCCUGAAAGGGCAAUGGUCUCAGUCAUCACGCGUGAGGUGCAAAACCCCGUUCAGACGAUGUUGUUACAUAAUUGCGACGGCCAGGACAAAUGAAAAUUAUUUCUGAUUUCCUCUGUGUGCUCGUAAAUUUCUGCUGUUCUUUUCUACGAUGGUGAUUAUGACGGCUGCUGAGAGGCUGAGAGCCGCUUUACCCCAUCAGCGGAACCAAGAUGGUACAGUCACAAUUACCGCCUUUGAGGGCGCCAUCCUCACCCGCGUCUUACCCGCCGAUGCUCGGCGUGCCUUCUCUUUUGAGAUCAUCUUCUACCCUGAUCACCCGCGCCUUCGCAAUCUGCCGUCCAAACCGCCGGAGCAUUUUCACCCUCUUCAAGAAGAGUAUGUGAGCGUGUCUGAAGGCGCCCUGGCGGUCGAGGUCGAGGGGGUCGAGCACAUCUUGCGACCUGGCGACCCGGAAUUUACUCUGCGGCGCGGUGUCAACCAUCGCCUCUACCCUUUCCGCAGCGAGAUUUGUAGUAGGGUGCGCUGCCUCCUGUCGGCAGAAGAAAUAUCGAGCGCCUUUGCGCUGGACCUGGUCUUCUUUGAGAAUUGGUACGCAUACCAGGAGCAAGUGGUUAUACAUGGAGCAAAGUUGGACCUCAUCCAGGUUAUGAGUAUGUUCGAUGCCGGUGACUCGUACCUCACGUUGCCCUGGUUUGUGCCUAUGCGCUCCCUGGUCUCCCGUGUCAUGAGCAUUGUUCUCGGCAGGUGGGCUGGCAGCUUGCUGGGAUAUCAGCCCUUCUACAAGGAGUGGACGACGGAUUGGGAUCUCGCCUGCGAGAAAAUGGAGACUUGCAUCCUGCAGAGACGAUUUUCAGACAAGAAUAAAACUGCGUAGCUAGAUUGGCCUGUCAGUGCAUGUCAGCACAGUUGCAAGGAUCAAAUGCAUGUCGUCCGUCUAGACCAGUACCGUACUGCUCUGCUUAGUGGUUUGAUAUGUAUGCAAGAUCAUCAGAUGAAAGUCGCCUGCAUGGAUUAAUUACGUGAUUUGGCGGCUAUUGCGCACACUUUAAGACUGGGGACCGUGGUGAUGUUGGCAAGAGACCUGUGCCGCCGUUCCGAUGUACUCAUACUUUUUUCAAACUCAAAAUAUCUCUUUCUUUCUUUCAUACAGUACAUGAUUGGUUGCCGAAAAAU